CAGGCGACAAAAUCACCUAUAUAUUCCCUUAAACCCUUCCGCCUCUUUCAAAACUCCUCUUUUCUGCCUUCCGACGCUCCUUUCUCUCUCCUCCUUAAACCCUAGCUAAACCCUCAAAUUUCAUCUUCAAUCUUCCGAAAUGUCGAUGCAAUUCUGGGGCCUUGAAGUUAAGGCGAAGGAGCCGAGCAAGGUGUCUCUUGAUGAUGGCCGUAUUAUUCAUCUUUCUCAGGCUACUCUAAGUGAUGUAAAGAAGGAGACUGACCCUGUAACCGUUAGUGUUACGGUUGAUAACAAGAAGUUUGUACUCGGGGUCCUUACCAAGUCAAACCCUCAAUUAUCUUUUGAUCUUGUUUUUGAAACUGAAUUUGAGAUCUCUCACAACUUCAAGAAUGGAAGUGUUCACUUCUUGGGAUACCAGACUGAGAUGCCUUCCAGUGAUGGAGAGAUGUUUGGUGAUUCCUCUGACGAGGAAGAAGAUGAAGAGGUUCCAGUUUUGCAGAAAGAAAAUGGGAAAGCUGCUCCAGCUUCUGCUGCGGUUGCUAAGCCUAAAGUUGCUGCAAAGCCCGUCAAAAGUGCUGAAGAAGACAGCGAUGAAGAUGAUAGUGAUGACAGUGAUGAUGAUGACCUUUCUGAUGGGGAAUCAAUUCCUUUCAGUGAUAGCGAGGACGACGACGAUGAUGAUGAUGAAGAAGAUGAGAUGUCUGAGGAUGAGAAACCCGUGCCGGUUCCAGCAAAGGCUGAAUCUGGCAAGAAAAGAGCGAACGCUGAUGCUAAAACACCCGAGUCUAAGAAGGCUAAGCUAGUUACCCCACAGAAGACAGAUGGAAAGAAGGGUGCUCAGACUGCUCACACAGCUACUCCCCAUCCAUCAAAGAAAGGUGGCAAGACUCCUGUUGGUGACAAGGCAACUCCCAAGUCUGCUGGUUCAGCUUCAUGUGAUUCUUGCAAGAAGACCUUUAACUCAGACAAUGCUCUGCAAUCUCACAACAAGGCAAAGCAUGCUGCCAAGUAGAGUGUUAUUCUUUGUUUAAAUGGGGUUUGAAUGAUGAGAGAGAAGAGAGGAAGAGCUUUGUCUCAAAUUUUGGUGUCUUUUUUUUCUCUGAUCGUGGGAGGAUGUGACUAUUUUUGGAGGAUGUUAUGUUUAAUCAGGGUAGAAUUUAAAAACUGUUGUGGUUCCUACAAAAAAUUAAACUUUGAGAGCAGAAGUUUUUUAAUGAGCCAGUUACAAGUUAUAAAGUACUGUGCUGAAAGUAAAUUUACGCUUGGUACGUCUAAUUCAUUCCCAUAUCUAGUUUAUCUGA